ACAAACCAACAAGGGGAAGAAACGUCUUUGCCUUAUUACAAAUGCUAUUUCUCCCAUUAAAGAUCCAUUUGAAGGAACAAAAGGAGAUCAAGUAAACACCAUUGCUACACAGAUGGCUGCACAAGGCAUGAAGAUGGACUGCGUAAUUGUUAGAAUGAAACAAGAUUUGGAAACGAAUAUGAGAGUUAUGAAAGAAAAUGAUGUUCUAUUAUCAGUAUUCUCGAAUAAAUCUUCCUCAAAAGUAGUAUAUGUGGAAAAUCCAACUUCUUUGUUAGGAGCACUUAGAACUCGUAAUAUAUCGCCAGUCACGAUAUACAGAGGUGAUUUUGAAAUAAGCUCACAAUUGAAGAUCAAGGUAUGGGUUUACAAGAAAACAUCUGAAGAGAAGUUUCCCACUCUAAAAAAGUACUCUGAGAAGGCUCCUACUACAGACAAGUUUGCCACUCAUGAAAUCAAGGUUGAUUAUGAAUAUAAAAGCAUAGAAGACCCUAACAAAGUUGUGCCACCAGAACAAAGGAUUAAAGGGUUUCGGUAUGGACCUCAAGUAGUUCCUAUAUCCUCUGCUGAGUGGGAGGCUGUAAAGUUCAAACCUGAGAAAAGUGUGAAGCUUCUAGGAUUCACGGAUGCUUCAAAUAUAAUGCGGCAUUACUACCUGAAAGAUGUAAAUAUCUUCAUAGCCGAACCUG